ACACACACACACACACACACAGAGUGUAGGAUUUUAACACCUCCUACUUGUGUGUUCAGUCUGUUACCAGGUUACAGACUGAGACGGUCCUCGCUCGGCUCGUAUGAUGCUGCUGCAGACUCUCGGUGUUUCAGAGCAUGCUUCAGUGUGUCUCCCUACAUGUUUCAGAGCUGCACUGCUUCAUCCCGUUUCCAGACGGACGUCAACUCGCGGAGAACAUACCGGAGGAGCGGAGGAUGAGAGUCAAACUCGUCCUGACGGAAAAUAAAUCUGACCAUCUCGCGUUGUUUCGUCGUUGAUCCAGCGGGACACACGGAACACGGCGGUCCGAGGACUCUGUCUCUGGAGUAAGUUCAAAACAUUUGUGUUGUUUGUCACCCGAGGUUUACAGUUUAUCAUUGUCCCUGUUCACCUCAGGACUGUCCUAACUGUGUGCUAGUGUCUGCAGUUGUGAAGCCUCAGAGUCUCAGCUCACCUGGAAUUGUGAGACGAUCGAUUCAAACAACAUCAGACCAACAAACACCUGAUCAAUGCUCUCUAAACCACUGCAGAGAGGAUCAGGGGAGAGUCCCCUUAAAAUAAAGAUAUAAAAUCACAGCUAGUGCUUUUUAAUUUACUUUUUUCUAUGAGAAACUGAACCUACUAGUGGAAAAGGCAUUUAUUUUUCUAUCUUGAAUUGUCAUUUUCGGAUGAACUGAUGAACAGCUGAUGUGUGUGACUCUAAACAACCCUGUCAACAUGUCAGGCAUAAACUUAUCUGCGUCACUUUGGGGCUGUUAUGUGUGACUCUGUUUUCCCUUGUAGUCCCUCUAAAUCUUUUUGUUUUCGUUUGUUUGUUCAGUCGUUUCAUCGUUUUUUCCCUUUCUUUAUUUUUUAUUGACUGUUUUUCUCAUUUUUCAAGAUUCUCCACUUUUUUCCUCAUGCUCAUGUCAUAGUCUUGUCUUUGCACUUCUCUGUCUCUGUCUUCAUUUUUGUCCAAAUUUUCCUCAAAAAUGUUUUUUACAUUUGCUCCCUCGUAUUCUUUCUCUCCUUUUCUCAAUCUUCAUUCCAUUUCCCUUCUUUACCUCCUCUUUAACUUUCCACUCUUUAUUUCCAUUUUCUUUUUUCUUCUUAACACUUGAUUUUAUUUCCCUUCUUCCAUUUUACUUUUUUCGUCUUUGUUCUUAAUAUGUUCCUUCUUCUCCUCCUGACUCCUUUUUCUCUUUUCUCUUUUUCUCCUCCCUUUUUCAUUUUCUUUAUCUCUUUUUUCUCUUUCCCUCCACCUGUUUUCCAUCUUCCUUACCUUCUUCCUUUACUUCAUCUGCAAUUUUUCCAUCUUUUUCUUAUUCUUUCUUUCAAUACUUGUGCUUUUCCUUUCUAUUCUUUUCCUUCUUUUCAUCUUUCAUCCAAUUAUUUAUUAAAAUUAAUAUUCAGUGUCACCUUUUUUGUUGGUAGUUUUACCAGUGAAGUUAUUUUUAACCACAAAAUUCAAAUACUGACAAUAAAUAUAACAUUUCACGUAGUAGCAGGAAUUCAUUUUUUUGUUCUCCAUGAAUAAAAGAGAUUAGGAAUAAUAAUCAGACAAACUCAGUAUACUUAUUUCACUGCAUUAUUUACAUAACAAGCUUUGUAAUAAUUAAUCCAUCCAUUUAGUUCUGACAGGCACUGUCAGUUCCUGUCACAUGAUCAGCUGUCAGAUCAGCUCGUGAGGAAAAAAACACUUUUCUGUAAAAUGUUCCCACUGAGUGUGAGGCAGCGUGAGUUUGAUUCCCAGUGGCCAAGAUCUGUUCAAACCACAUCACUGCUGAACCCUUCAUGUGUGAAAUGAUGAAACUUCAUGCUGCAUUUGACACAGUUUUUUGAUCUCUGAUUGAGAUAAAGAAAACAAUAUGAAAGCAGAGCAUUCAGAUGUAUUUUAACGUGCAGUCCAGGAGCAGGAAAUCGUCUGCCUGUGUGCCGAAAGUAAUUAGACAGUCAUCUGUCCCUCUACAAAGUGAAACUGACACACAGAGGACACGAAGACACGAACACCCACACAUACUGCAAGAAUGUGUAAGGUGGCAUGCACUCUCAUUAAAUGUAAUUGGUCAGCCCAGGUGCCACCCCGAAAUCCUACAUUUGGCUGUGAGUUUUGCCGGAUGCAGGAUUCAACUAAUUCGAUUCUGUUGCAGCCGAACCAAAAUCACCCAAAUGCUGCUGGUACUUGCAAAUGUAUUGUACAUGAGCUUCUGCAGUUUUAAGUUCCAUAAAAAGGUCCUUUUUUUUUCCUUCAAAUUGGCGGUUUGGUUUGCUUUUGUAGCUCAUGUAUAGACACUGACAGUGAUGUAAGUCUGAUCUAACCUGUCAAAAACUCCUUACUGGUGCUUUGAAUUGUAACAAACCUUUUUUGUCUUUUGUCAUUCAUAUACAUAUAUGUUAAUUUUGCUUGGUUUUGUAACCAGUGGACAACUCCUCACAAAAGCUUAAAUACUGAUUCCAACAAGGAACUUUGUUGGCACAAGUAUUAAUUUGUGUGUGUGCCAAACUGUGACAUGUAGUCUCCGGAAGGUCCAUGUAGAUUCUCAUUCAUCCAGGUCAUGGUUUUCUUGAAGUCUCCAAAAUCUACUGUGUAGAGUUGAGAAGACGUUUCGCCUCUGAUCCAAGAAGCUUCUUCAGUUCUAAAUAUUGCUGGUGUGAGGAGCAGAUAUUUAUCUUACUGGGGAAGGGGACAGACAACGACUGGGAGGAGUUGGAAAGAAUAAGUCGUAGAAACCUAUCUCCGGGUCGUUAACCUGAAAGAGUUGUUAACGACCCCUGUCAUGUGACCAAUAUUUACUUUUUGAUUCCCACCAUCCUCUGCAGCACAAACUGGGUGUUAUCAGAACACUCAACCACCGGGCUGAGAACAUUCCCAUGAAGAAAGAAGGUAAGGAAAAGGAACAGAAGCACAUCAAAAAUGCCCUGACAACCUGUGGAUACCCUAAGUGGGCCUUAGUGAAGAACAGAAGGCGAAAUAACAGUGAACACAAAAGGGAGGAGAGACGCAAGAGCACUCUAAUCCCUUAUGUUGCAUUUCUGUCGGAAAAACUCAAAAGGAUCUGUGGCAAACACCAUAUUCCUGUUCAUUUCAAGCCUGGUAACACACAAAGGCAGAAGCUAGUCCAUCCCAAGGACAAAACACAGAGACACAAACAGAGUAAUGUGGUGUUUGCUGUCCAGUGCAGCGAGGAAUGCUCGGACCUGUACAAUGGGGAAACUAAACAACCGCUUCACAAUGUAGAGGUGUUGGCCAGAGAAGACAGAUGGUUUGAAAGAGGAGUUAAAGGAGCCAUCUUUACCAGGCUGGAGAAACCUUCUCUGAACAGAGGGGGUAUUCUUUCCAACUCCUCCCAGUCGUUGUCUGUCCCCUUCUCCAGUAAGAUAAAUAUCUGCUCCUCACACUAGCAAUCUUUGGAACUGAAGAAGCUUCUUGGACAAGAGGCAAAACGUCUUCUCAACUCUACACAGUCAAGUCCAGUUGCCUGAUUUUGGAGUCUUCAAGAUAGUCUCCAGAAAUAAAGUAGAUGCAGAAGUGUUAAAAAUUGCAGUUCUCAGAGUGUUCACUUGAGACUGUCUGCGGAAGCUCCAUAAGGCACAAACACACUUAUCGAAAAAAGGUAAUUUUAGAGCAAAAAUAAUCAAGUUUAAAGCCUGGUCCAAAAGACGGUAAUGGUCUGAAUAGCUCAGGCCUCAAAUUGCACACAUCGUACAGGAACUCCGUUUUUGCGUAACAUGUUCAUUUCAAACACAAAACAGUUUUUCAGGGUGGGAAAUUUAAUCCAAAGAUUUGAAAUAUUUCUUAGGAGAACAAUCUGAUAAAGAAAUGUAUUAUUAAUUUAAGGUGCACUUCAAAAAGUCAUAGAGCUGAAGAUGAGACAUGUUUUCUGUUUUGGGGCAUUAAUGCAGCAUGACAGGAUGUUUAUAUCGUGACAGGUGUGUUGGUGUCACCCAUAUGAUAGACAGUAGUGUGGCUGCUUUAAAACCCUGACUUGAGUCAAAAAUAAACUUUUGUUUUUGUCAACUGUGAGCAGCUGCUAUAGGUCAGACUUUUCAUGUUAGAGUAACAAGUAUCUUAUUAUUACAUGUAAAAUGAACAUUUGAUGUAUUUGUCCUCUCCUCCUAAAGAUGAAGUAAAACCAGCUAUUGGUUUUGUGGUCUUUGUCCACAUGAUGUUUUCCUCGCUCAGCCCUUUAGGUAGUCAACAGCAGGUGAUCCAUAAGACAUGAAAAGGUCAAAGAGAUUAGUCUGGGGUCAGGUUUAUCUCCCCUGGGCUCUGAGUGAGUGAGUUUAUUAAAUCUGACUCACUGAGCCCACAGGAGGAACCCACGUCUGUUCUCAAACCUCUGAGUGGAUGGAUUAAUUUUGAUUUUAACAUCCACCUGAAGACAAUAUCAACAUCAGCCAGCCGUCAUGUGGCGGUCUUAUCUGAAGUUUAAAGCAGCACUUUUAUCUCUGACUUUCAGUUUGUCAGGGAAUAGAUUUUAAAAUGUUGGUUUUAAAGACGGUUUAAGGGUUUAAAUCUAUGAUCAUCUGGUCUGAGUGCAGAUCCGUCUCCAUGAUAACCUUGUUAAAGCUCUAUCUGCAGAAAUAUCUUGAGGAAUCCCAACUCUCUUACACCUCUAUUUGCAUGUUUGACUUUGAGAUGGAUGCUCGCUCAGCUGGUUGAGCUGCAGACACUGUACUCAUCUUCUGAUUGAUAGUAGCAUGAAUCUCUGAAUAAUGACAACGGAUUUAUUCCUUUUUUAAUUACAGUAUAAGAGAGGAGCUUUUACUCAAGCUUUAAUUAGAAUAAUUGGAAAACUUGAAAUGGCUUAAUAUUGUAACUUGAAUCAACUUGGAAUUAACUUUAUAUAAAUCACAAUUAUAAGUGAAAGUUCCCAUGGGGGACUUUCAGUUUGUAUCAAGUUUGGUGCCCCCUGUAGACAAAACAGUUUUUGUUUAUCUUGUCCUCUACAUGUUUAAGUAGAGUCAUCUAACAAAAAACUUCAUCCUGCCGACUUUUGACAGCCAAACGAAAAAUUCAACGAAUCUUUGAUAUGGAAAAUGUAAGAAUAGGGCUGUUACACUGCACUGCUGACUCUUGUCCCCCUCACACCGGUUCCAGACAUUCAAAAUUAGAGUAUCACUGAUGGUCUUUUUGAUUUUUGUAUAUCAUAAAAAGACAUCAUUGCAGAUUUCAAUACAUUUCAUAUACAUUCAAAAAUUCCUCAUUGGGGCUUUAAUUCAACUCAAGUUUUUAUAAUCCAUUACUAUUUCUUUUCUAUAUAAUGCAACUGGUGUCCUUGAUUUUUUUAAAGGUACCAUGAGAAGUUUUUAACUGGCUGAAAAACAGCCUGAUACAGAUGUCUGUUUAUGACCUUCAAAGUAAAAGAAACUAUCAGCUAGAAUGCUUCAAACUGCUGUAAGAAAGUCGGUGUCACAGGGGGCACCAGUAUCAACACAAACCAAAAGUUCCUUAAGUCCAGGUAAACUCAAUUUAUCCUGGUAUAGUGUACAUCCAAUCCUGUAAAAACAGAUUUUAUGUUUUUAUUUAGCUUUUUGUAGACAGAGAAAAGAGGAUAUUAACCAUCAUCUUUGCCUAACAAUGGAAAAAAAUUGCCAGAAAGCGCGAGGAUCCUCAUCUGGCUGUUAAAGAUGCAAAUAUCAAAGACGGAUCCCAGAGCCUGAGGCGCAUUAAUCUAAGGGAAAGCUUAAGAGCUGUCUGACUCACCUAACUGCUUGUGGAGGAUCAUUUUCGUACCUGAUGAAACAGAGCUGCAAUGAGCGCACCGCGUCUCGAAAAAGGCCAAUCAUCAUUUGUUCUCUGAUUUCUUCAGAGCAAGUGCUGACUGCUGCAAGGGAGCACUUAAAGAGGAUGAUAUGAAGCAGUUUGCAUGCCCUCCUUUUCCUCUAACAUGUCAGGAGAGACAGCGGGGAAAGGUUCCUUCAAGGGCUGCAGAAAGACUCAGAUUCAGACUCGGCCGAGCUGCUGCUAAAGUUAUCGUAUUACAUCUCCGGGGGCCUGCAGAAUAUUUCUCUCCCUCUGAAUCAUUCGCCGAGUAGAGUAGAGGAUGAGCGAGAAAUCUGUUCUUGUUCUCCUGCAGUUUAUUUGGUUCCGUUUGAUUUACGACACUGAUCUCUCCUCCACCGGUUUCCAUGGAGAUCCAAAUUGCCAAAUGUGAUGUGAAGCGUCUGUAAUCAGGAGGAAUUCUAGAUAUUGGAAAAUGAUAAAUGUGGCAGACAGGGUGCUGAAUCAUAGAAAACAGCCCGGUCUCAUAAAAAAAAUUAGGUGAUUUUCCCUUGUUUGGCUGCUUCGGGUUGUUUUUCUCUGUUGUCUAUCUUUGAAUAAACCUCCAGUAAAGCGAAAACAUCACGUUUCUUCAUGCAGACUGUGGGAACAAUCAGCCUUCAGUGUUUGUUUGAUGAAGUCUAUUAGUGAGCUCCAGACGCAUCUGUGUUUUCCGCUCUGCUGAGUCUCCGAAGGCAUCAUCAGACACUUUUUAAAGAUCCUGUUUAGUUGAAAUUGUUAUUCUGGUGUGAUUGUCCUCUGAGACACUGUUUUAGGGUUAUUGAGUUUUCUCAAUAACUGACCAGUGACACAAAAUAACCUACAGUUUAUGAUGUGUUGUCACUGUAUAAUUAAGAUAAAUUAGCCAAAAUGAUGGGUUAAUUUAAAGAGAUUUUUAGUUGCUGGAUAGUGAUAGAAUCAGUGGUGGAAAGAUCCAGGCUAGCUAAGCUAACCACCUGCUGAUAUUCUCCAUACAGAUAUCAGAAUAAAGGUCCUUACACACCAGGGCAGACGCAAAUAUAGAUCGCGAAAUUACGAAAAAUUCUGAGAUGAAUUUUGACGUGCCUGACUAUACAUGACAAGCACAAUGCGAUUUUGCGACUUUCCGGGGGUAAUAAAGACGUGUCCCGGGUGGAAGCAAGACCGACAAAUCAGCAGACUGACUGUUUUUCAGUUCUGAUUAGACACUAGUGUUGAGAUGGCUGUCUGUCAUGAUAGCAUGUACUGAGUCUGGGCCAGUAGCAGAUAAGCACAUUAAACUAUAAUCCAUAAAUGUAAGGUAACAACAGAGACCUAAUGGUGCUGUGACAGCAACCUGAUUGAGUUUGAGACGGUGAAAAUACAUAUGGUAUGUUGUAUCUAAACAGGUUAGCUUACGAGCUAAAGUUACUUAGCACAGAUGAAAGUUAAAACAAAGACGUUUAGCAAACUGUUAAAGCACACAAACGAUCGUCAUAUGAGAAAUCUGACGUUAUGACUCUCCACAAGUUGUCCUUCAGGUGGUUAUCUUUGUAAUGUUUGUGUCUUUUAUCAAAAAGCACUCUGUUCUCCGACACGUAAACAAUCAGCCAGUCGGCCAUGUUGGAUAAACCCGUGAUUCAGACAUCGCAACAACACGAAAUCUGAUUGGUUGAGAAGUGGACACACAGUAUGCAAAACUUCAGAAAAAUCAACCAUGAUCCGAAAAAAUAAAUGCCGCAAUAUCGCAGGACAGGAAAACGUCGCUGAUGUAAACGCUUGUAUUGACAGGAUACGGGUUCAAAAAGAAAUAUUGACGUCUGAAAUUAUAAUCGCACAAAAAAACGGUCAUCAUUUGGUCCCGGUGUGUAAGGACCUUCAGCGUUAGUUGAAGGAACAAAAAAUAGUCUUUAUUUGCAAAACUCUGCCUUUUUACACAAUGUGUGGUUUACAUCUUUAUUGUAGCAACAUAGAGGCACUACUCUGAGCUUUAAUGCUAACAUCCUUAUGCUUGGCAUCCUUAAAUUUGCCAACUGUGACAUAUUAAGUUUCGCUUUAAUCACUUAUAUUGUUUGUUUUUCGUUGUAUUUUAUGAUCUUCCUCCCAGGGACCACAGAUGUGAGUAUAUUUAGCUUAUAUGGUCCCUGACAAAUUAUCUAGCUAGACUGAACUAAAGUUAAUUAAAUUCAACUCAACUAAUUAGUCAAGUAAUCUUCAUUUACACCAUCUUUAUUUCAGCCCCAAAAACUGGAUAAUUUUUUUCCAAAUCUGUGAGUCAGCAGCCUAAUUCACUGGCUAGAAUCUCUGUUGGAAUUUGGGACAAAAAAUAAUCUCAGUCGACUUUCAGUCAAUAUUCAUAAAAUAUGUCCAUCCAAAUGUCUCAAAACUGGUUGUGAGGUGACCUGGAUGUGGCAUUGGUUAGUGUUGGUGUUGGACUCCCUGAAUCUCUGCUAAAUCUAAAGAUAAUGGAGCUCAUGAGUUUAACUUCAGCACAGGAUGUUUUCAUGGUCUGCAGAAACCUCCAAGAGUCUCACGUCAUGUUUGCCGGAGUGCUGCUGGGCUGUUCAUGAAAGGUCACCAUCGAUCAUGUGUGAGGAAGCAAACUGUUUAAUUUUUAAUGCUACUUAUAUUAAAUCUACAUGCAAGUAUCCAGUGACGCGAAGACGUAAUUGUUUCCUGUCAGAGUAUUGUAGACACCUCUUCUCAUCUCUCUAACUCAUCCUCUCUUUAACUCAGGUUUUGUGUAAGAGUUAUUGUCUUACAACUAUUUGCACACCCCAGAACUUUUCAGAAAGGGAUAUUGCACUCUCUUGUGGGUCAGGUAGUGAGAAAUGGUCCUCUGGGUCACUAUACAGACACUUAUUUUGAACUGAAGUGGCCAAACUUACAUUUUACACAGAAAGCAUGUGGAGAACUUCUCAAAUAAAUGGAAGGAGUUUAAGAUUUUUGAUGUGUACAGUGUUAAUUUCACUUCACUAUGUUGUCAAUGUUCAGUAUGUCCCAUUGUUGUGCAUUACUCUAAGUAGAUUUUGCCUUAUACUCUGAAGCUCAGAUGGUAUUGUUUGCUAGAGUACAUGGUACAAUCUUUGACACGUGUCAUUUCUAUUUCUACUCCCUCAUCUUUAACUACUCAGAAAAAUAACAAUUUUUCAUCAAUCAAUAUGACACUGGAGGUUUUUCAGCGCUGUGUUGUGCACAAAUGCACUAUUUUCCAAACAGAAAGAGAUAUUCUUUGACAUUAGCAGCACUUAAGAAAGCUCACUGUAAUAGUAAGACUCUCAAACUAUGCUCCUGUCCUUGGCUAGCAAAGAUGUGUUUGUGCUUCAUCCCUUUUCAGCCUCCUCAGAGAUGAGAAAACGUAGAAAAUGUCAAAUAUUCAGUCAGAUAACUGAUUGAUUUUUCUCUCUAACAGAACAGAUGGGUGGGAGCUGAGGCAGGAGGAGGACAAAGCCACAGGAGGAGCUCAUGGCGGGGGUCUCCUCGCCUCCAGGGCUUGAGAUGGCAGAGGAGACGUGGGAGAACGGCAGCCUAGCAGGCCUCUCGCCCACGCCAACGCUGCUCCUGCUCAUGUUCAACGACAGCUAUCUAAAUGAGACGCUGUUCAACUUCACCAACGCCACCGACCCUGAUGUCUCCUCCGGCCCCAGCGUGGCGGGAGUCCUCAUCCCACUCAUCUACAUCAUUGUUUGCAUCAUCGGCCUGGGGGGAAACACGUUGGUGAUUCACAUUGUGCUGCACUACUCCAAGAUUGAGUCUGUGACUAACAUCUACAUCCUGAACCUCGCCAUCGCUGAUGAACUCUUUAUGCUUGGCCUGCCCUUCCUGGCCGUACAGAAUACCCUGCAAUCAUGGCCGUUUGGUUCUUUCAUGUGCCGCUUGGUCAUGACCGUUGACUCCAUCAACCAGUUCACCAGCAUCUUCUGCCUCACCGUCAUGAGCAUCGACCGCUACCUUGCCGUCGUCCACCCCAUUAGAUCCUCCAAGUGGCGCCGCCCUCAGGUGGCCAAAGUGGUGAAUGGCACAGUGUGGGCUCUGUCGUUCCUCGUUGUUCUGCCUGUCGUCAUCUUCGCCAACAUUCAAAGGGCCGGAGGGACCUGCAACAUCGCCUGGCCUCAGCCCGCCAACAUCUGGAGGGCGGCCUUCAUUAUCUACACCUCUACAGUUGGAUUCUUCUGCCCCCUCCUCAUCAUCUGCCUCUGCUACCUGCUCAUUGUCUUCAAGAUCCGCAGCUCAGGGAAGAAAGUUCACGCCACUUCUACCAAACGCAGGAAAUCAGAAAGAAAAGUCACCCGCAUGGUUGUGAUCGUGGUCGCUGUGUUUGUCUUCUGCUGGUUGCCUUUCUACGCGCUCAACAUCCUCAACCUGUUGGUGUCGCUGCCCUCAGAGUACCAGGGGCUGUAUUACUUUGUCGUAGUGCUCGGUUACGCAAACAGCUGUGCUAACCCCAUCGUCUACGGCUUCUUGUCAGACAACUUCAAGAGAGGUUUCCGGAAAGCUCUCUGCCGCUCUACAAGGAAAGUCGAGAACCACGAGCCCAUGGAGCGGCAGCAGCAGCAGGAGGAGGGGCGGACGGCACUUAUGCCAAGAGAAAGCCUAAGACGAGCCAUCAGGGAUGACGACGACGAUGACGAGGAGGAUGUCUCCGAAAUGACUGAGAUCUACCGGAUCGCCCAGAAUGGUAACAGCAGCUUUCAGCCUCAGAGUUCCUUGCCGCCAUUUUCUGAACAAGGAGCAACGCCAGGAGUGACUGAGCCGUCGACCCCAGACGACAGGGACACAACCGCCGACAUGAAGGCAGAUAUCGUGAAUGGGUCCUCGCUGACUGUCCCACUGCUGCAAAAUGGGACGAAGAAUGGGAGUAUAAAAACUUUACCAGAGGAGAAUCAGGAACAGAGCACCUCACUGGAGAUCAGUUAUUUAUAGUUUAAUAAACAAGUGGGGGUGGACUGCGUAUGACACACAGCAGCCAUUACAAAACAAUAAUCAUAAUGAAGCUACAGACCUUAAAAAUACACAAAGAACACUGAAACAGGCCUUAGGAUCAUUUUUUGAUCAGUGGACCCACAUUUUGGGAGAUGCCUAUGUUUUUCCCUUAAACAAGAAUGUAUAAAUGUUGAUAUUUUAUGCAUGGCUGAAUGUACAAAGUUGUGCCUUUAUUGAGUUAUACAAUGUUUACUUUGCUGAUCCUUGUUCUUGUAGCCUUUUCUAUUUUAUAAUGUGAAAAUAAUUUAUACAAACAUAUCUUAAACACAGAAGUCAUAGCUUUUACUAUUUGUUUACCUUUAACAACUUUAAAGGUACAGUGUGUAGUACAAAGCAACAUCUGGUAGAACAGACCUGUUAUAAAUAGAAUAUCAUGUUUGCAAGUAUGUUUAAAUUAGUGUGUAAUCACCAUAGACUGUAUAUACUAUGGACAACCUGGUUCCGCCUCCCGCCUGUAUACGGAUUUGAAGCCAAAAAGCUCUCAGUAUUUCCGGGAUUUUUCUUCAUUUCCUGAAACCAGCGCUGCGCAGUAGCGUUGUGCGCAUUCAGCCGCGCAGUCGCUGAGAGUCACUGUGAUGAUGCUCGGCUCAAACAGCGUAUCCCCCGGGAGAGCUACUCAAUCCCUGAACUCCCAUAGGCUGUAUCAGGUGUCAAUCAUAGCAAACAUGAACCCCCUAAUAACUUUUAAAAACAGAGCUUCACAGAAAAAAGAGGACUUGAGCACAAACCAGUCUUACAAUAACUACAUGUCAGCAUCGCAAGCAGGGGGGAGAAAAAUUAAUGUUCUGUGUAAUAAUCUACAUCAGAGUGGGUCCCCCUACCAUAGUGGCCAACAUCUUAUACCCCCGCGUUUGUACCGUUUAACAAAAACUGUAUUUGCGUUUGGCAAGUGGCUGCUUGAAAUGCACCUUUUGGUCGACAAAGAAGAAGGAAUUUGUACUGACAGGAAUUUUUGAUGGCCAAACUUGAAAAUGAAGGAUCAGCUAACACAGCUCCCACCUGUCACUCAAACAGGCCAUGUCCCUUAAAGCUUUAACACUGUAUAAUGUAAACGUUGUUUUUCCCUCACAAAUGAGAAGCACAGACUUGGAAGAGACCCAAACUUUUUCUUCCCUUUGUACCAGUCUUUAAACGUGUUGAUUGAUAAUACAUCGAUUGAGGUUCUACUGAGAUUGACUCACUUUUGGAGAUGGACUCUAAUGGACACCCCAAGAAUUGCAAUUUUGGGACUUGAGUUUGAGAGUAUUUUUUCAGCUUUGGAGGCUUCUCUUUCUUUUCAAUACAAAUAGUAAUGGUAAUAAGUUAUAAAGUAGGUCCUUGGUUAGCAUUAAAACUUAUCCAGCAAACUUGAAUCUUGUCAACACCAUUUAUUCUUUUAAACACUUGAAUUAGCAAGACUUAAGUACUGAAUUGGUUAUAGUUUAUCACUUUAACCUUGUAUGUAAAUUUGCGACUUUUUACUCAUCAGUUUGCAUAUUAAACCUGUUCAUUUAAAUUGUAUUUCUCACAAUCUUUCAACUUUCUUCUCCGCCCUUUUAUUCUAACAGGGUCUGAACUUUGUUCUCAUAAAAUAAGAAAUUCUUGAAAUAUCAACAUUUUUUUAUCUGUCAUGUGACCAUCCUUUGUAAAUGGGACACUAAAAACAUGAACAUGUAGUUGCUGUUUUUUUUUAAUCUCAAGUCUUAUGUUUUUAUUUAGAUUUAUAGUAUAUUUCUUUUUAACUUGUUGCUUGUGGUCAAUUACUUACAUGCAGAAAUCUGGAUGGAUUAUAUUGCUUAUUUAAAAUAUGUCAUAUCUGUAUCCAUGAAUACUGUGAAGGUUGUACUUUUUUGACUUAAGAGCAGUAAAAUGCCUUGUUUUUUGUCUCUAUGAGCAUCCAGCUGUGAGUGAUCACCUUUCCCUAUUAUUGUGUUUCUUGUACAUAUGAUGAUGUUUGACAUUAAACAGUCCUGCUUGGCUAGCUGCUCUCAGAUGAGGAGGGAGUGAAAGUUAUUGAAUUUUAUUAAAGUAACUUAAAGCUCCUGUGAGGAGUUUUUGUAUGGUUAUGAAAAUAGAUCUCAUAUUAUUACUAUUUCUGAUGGAGAUGUUUUAUGUAGAUACAAAUUAAUUUGCACAACAACCAAUCUCAUCAUUCUCUCCAUUCUUCUACAAGUGCAUCUUAGGCAGUGACCUGUGGUUUAAAAUUGAGUUUGGUUUCACUAGUUUGUCUGUUUGGCGUUACUGUCAAAAACAUCAGCCUCCACAGUGAGAACCCUCUGCUUCUAUAAAUUAAAACACUUUUUCUAAGUCAUCAGAAAUGAAACUAUUAUGAUAUUAUAUUCAAUAUAAACUGAUUAAAACAUACUUCUACAUGAUUUGUUCUUUUUCUUUGAGAAAGGUACUGAUGAAUUCUACAAAAUGUACCUGUAAGGUUUGAUUCUUUUCUAAAUCCUGAAUAAUUUUGACAUUUUCCACAAAUGAAAAUGAAUAAUUUGCCUUUUUGUCGUUGUCAGAGACAACUUUAAACAAAGCAUAGCUGUUAUCAGGGAUGUCACUAAUCAUCUCAAAAGAAAACUGUGUGUAAAUUAGGCGAGUGUGUGUUCACAGUAAUACAAACAAAACCAGUUUCAUCUACAAUCAGAACCUUGAAAACAUGUUUACAUUUAAAAAAGGAUUCUUUAAGUGAGGCAACAAUCUUCCAACAUUCAUCGAAAACUGACCAGAGUGCUGUUCAUUCAUGAAAGCAAACAUGCACACAAACACACGCAUGCACGCACACACACACAAACAGGUUAUAUUUAUCAGUCUGUAUAUACAGCUGAAUGAUGCCUUUGCUCAUUCUCUGUGUUAGCUCUGCUCUUUCCCAGUCUUCAGCCCACACACACACACACAUAAGCACACACACAUUCUGCAGGACUCCUCUGGGUGGCAAAAACCAUCAUUAAAGUCACAUUAUGGAAGGAUUUGCUUGGUUCAUACUCCCUUUGUGCGGCCCCAAGGCUGCAGUCUGAUGAGAACCAGUCAGUGUGUGCGUGUGUGAGUGUGUGUGUAUGCAUGUGUAUUGUCUAUAAAUAAUGUCGGUGCAUGUGUGCCAUGUGCUGCCGACUCCCUGCAGUGAUAACCCACCUGAGCACAGAGGUGAGAGUCAGCUGAUGAGUCAGAAUCUCCACCCACAGGCUGCAUUUAACUCUAACAGGCUGUUUUCUCUUCGUGUGGCUGAAAAACAAAACGCACACACACACACACACACACACACACACACACACACACACACACACACACACACACACACACACAGGCUGGAAAUGCCAAAAACAACAGGACAGACACAACAAGGUCCAACAUUAUUUGAUGAUAAAUAUUCAGUUAUUUUGGUCCUAUUUCAGUUACAUUAAUCAGACCAGCUGCACAUUUAGCACACACACUCAUGCAGGAGGUGUAAUAUCAUCCCUGUAGUGUUGCUGUGUUUUUUAGAAAUGUCCCUGACUUCAGCUGAAUUGUUGAUUUGAGACCAGACACAAUUUCCCCAUGGACCCUAAACUCUCAUGAAAGCAGAUUACACUGCCAAACGUGUAAAUAUAUAUAUAUAUUCUUGUCUCUCUGAACCUAAAUCAUUUGUGAUUCAUUCCAACCAUCAGGGGAAAUGUGCAUCAUAAUCCUGCUGGAUGCAGUUAAGAAAAGAUUUAGUAUCAGCUGUUUUUCUGAUUUGUGUUUUGUGUGUGUGUGUGUGUGUGUGUGUGUGUGUGUGUGUGUGUGUGUGUGUGUGUGUGUGUGUGUGUGUGUGUGUGCGCGUGUGUGUGUGUGUGUGUGUGUGUGUUCUUUUUCGAGCAGCUGCAGGAUCAAAUGUUUUGUGUAAAAAAGACAAAAAUGCUCUCUAAAAUGUCACAAAGGAUUUAAAAUGUUGGAAAUAAAAAUGUUUGUG